AUGCGUGAAAAUACAAGAAACUCGAAAGUGAGUAGUAAGAAUUCGAAUUCGUCAUCAUCAAAGACACACAAAAACAACACAGAGAUUAUUAUUGAGGAUGAUGAUUAUGGUAAUGACGAUGCACCAGAAAUUAUAGAAAAAGACCCUCCACUUGAAUCAUCAACUCACAAAGAACCAUCAACUCACAAAGACAUCUCAAAAAUAACAAGGAGCACUGAAGAUGCUGAAGGUGGUGAUAAAGAUAUGCCAAAAAGAACAAUAAAAACAAAGAGUAACAAUGAAGAAGAAGAGGAUGAUGAUGAUGUCGAACAAGAUUUGGUCAGUCAUGAUCAAUUUGAAAUGUUAAUUAGUUUGAGAUCUGGUGGUCUUCCCUCAGCCCCGAAAUCCAAAAAAUGGAUUGAUAAAGUGGACCUAGCAGUCGCGUUACGGGAUGUGUUGAUAAACGAAGGAAUAGAAAAUAACGGUGUAGAUCCGGAUAAGUUUCACUAUCGGAGUUCAUUCAUCCAAUUGGAAAACACAGGGUAUCUGGCGUUUAAGAAGGUUAAGUUACCUUCAUCAAUCAAUAAUUUGCCCGUUAUAGAGCAACUGAUCAUUUCUUUGCUGCGUGUUGAGAAAACUUUGUAUCGUAUGCGGAAAACUCGUCAAGAAAUAUUAUUCGAUAAGCAAGGUUAUAUCGAUUGUGAAGAUCAUCAUCGUGCGCAAUGA